GGGAGAUAAGAGGUUUAUGUUUGUGUUCCUCCUUACGGUCUCUAUCUCUCUCUCUCCCUGGAGACUCCAGCAGAGCCGCACACUUUGAUACCAACACCGACUCUUGUACCUGCCACAGCAUCUAUUGUCGUGUGUCGGAAAACAAAGACGUACUGCUAAUAGGAUUGACUGUGAGGACCGAUGAUGGAUGAAGAUCAGGUGAAUGAUAUAAUCCAGAGAUGGAGAGACACUCCAGAGGAAGAUUUGAAACCGGACGACUACCAGCGGUUCAAGAAUUUGGGAUCUGCGUGUCUCACUGGAGGCGACGACGCACAACUACUGAAAUUCCUCCAGGACGAGAAGAACCAGGGGAUUGUGAAGUCCAUGGGCUGUGUUCUCAUGGAACCUCUUCUAAAUGAAGUGGUUAAUAAAGAGAAAGGUCUCGAUUACUGCCAGGCUGCCAUCACACAUCUGACCAGGACUUGCAGGCCAGAGGAGCUACUGCAGAGUUUGCUUCAACUAGUUGAGGACAUUCAUCCUGGUGCCAUUUCUGAGAUCAUCAUAGCCCUUGUUCCACAUUUUCAAACAGUGCUGCUCCGGCUGGAGGACAGACGGGCAGCUCAGGUGGGCCUGAUCCUGUCCGCCCUGCAGAGGCAGCUGUCCCGGCUGCCAGUGCCUUACACCCGGCAGCAGGAGGCGGCGGACGAGUACGGCCUGUGUCGCUGCUGCGCCGCCUUGGCCGGGUUCACAAAGUCCUUCGUUGAGGUGGUGACCGGGAAAGAUGGAAACUACGUUAGCGCCGCCGAAGAUGAGGAGCUCAGGAUGGAGCUUCUCAAGUUCUGCAUGAGGAGCUUGAGAGAGCCUUUGCUGGAGGCUGAACUAAACCGAGAGAGGAAAUCGUCACUUUGGCUCUUUGCAACAGAGAUAAUGGUCACACUACCUGCAAUCCAAGCGUCCCUCUCAGAGCUGCUCUUCUUCAGCUCUCUGAAGAAGAGCAGCCUCGUGGACAACAGUCAGUCGAGGGAAUCCAGAGCAUGUCUGGCUUAUCUGCUGUUCGUCCAGCUCGUCACCAUGGACACCUUCCCAGCAGUGUUCAGUCCCGUAUUUGUUCUUCAGUGCAACAUGGAAUACAUCGAUCAACUUCUCAGUAGCAAAAAGGAAUCCCACUUGCUUAAAGGACUGGCACUGUAUGCUAAAAGCUUGGAGAGUGUGCCAGACAACAGCCUCGCAGUGAGUCUACUGGAACUGAAGAGCUUUUACAGUGCACCACAGAACCUGCGGCAAGUACUCACCGACUGCCCACUGCAACAUUUGAGAACAUCAGGACUUCAGGUUCUCCAGCUCUUCAUCAAUAAACUGGAUGCUGAGGCAAAGCACAAGUUUUUCAGGUGCAUGUUAAAAGCCAGCAACCACGCAGGAGUAGAAAGUUACAUAGUGAAGAACAUCAAGAAUCAAGUAGAAUUGUCCAUGGAGCCUGGUAACUCCAAUCCGUGGUUCCUGGGAGAGGAGUUCCUCUCACUGUUAGAACUUGUGCUGUGUUUGCCACAAGGUGCUGAGACAGAUCUGCUCAACAGUAUGGACAGGAUAAUGGAGAGUUUGAAUCUUCUACGCUUUCUCCUCAUCAGAGACAAAGAACCGUGGAGCAAGGUAAGUCAGUCUCACUCGACAGUUUCACUGCUCCUCUGCCAGCUAACCUCAGGUGAAUGGGGAGAGCUGAUGACGUUCCCCUCUUUCCCACAGACAGAUGUGUGGGAAGAGCUGACCAGGCUCAAGGACGAAUACCUAAAAAUGCUGCGCGUGUGCAUCAGCAUGUCAAGAGGAUAUUAUUCUGCUGAACUGAAGGCACUGAGGGAGGAUCGAAAGCUGAAAGCAAGAGAGGCAAGAGACGCCGCGAGAUCCGCCAGAAUAGUCAAAAGCAUCACAGUGAAACGUGGGAAUGUGUCCAAUAUGUCCCCAGAGGUCCAGCAUCAGGUGCUGCAGAGCGCUUUGGUGACAUUUGACCUGAUGGAGAGUCUCAUCGUCCGCAUCGACGAGAUCGCAGAGGAAAAGCGGAAGAUUGGGCACUGAACCAAUCGCCGGUGCUCAGGUGUCACGUCAGACCACUGGGGUUAUUUUUUCUAAACUCUGUUUUAUUUUAUGAUUGAUAAUAAAUAAGCAUUUAAUGAAGUGUAAUCUAUUUUACGCCAAAGUUAUUUUGUGUAAAAACAGAAAAAGCUGUUGAAAAAAACAGCUUUAACCUUUGCAUUUGUUAUGUUGACCAUAUAAAGCAUUGAAUAAAACAACAGAGGGUUUUUUUGGGAAGAAGCUGGAU